UCAAUGGAGGAGUAGUGGAAGGAUUAGACAAAGCAGUACACCCUUCCAUAUCCCCUCCUUUCUCUCUGAUUUCUCUCUGGUUUGCUAUAGUUUUCCAUGUCUUCUUAGAGGAAACACUGCCGUCACUUCACGUCGAUCCCAUGCGAGACUGCAUUUAAUGCCGCCGUCUACAAAUACUCUUUGAUCGUCGAACUCUCAGACUCGGCGAAACAUGUCUUCUGUUGCUCUUUUCUUCCUCCUCCUGUCAGCUCUUUCUAUCACCGCAUGCAGUGCUCGACAUCUGAGGAUGACUGCCAAAGAUUCAGACACUUCAUAUCACAUAUCCAACGAGGCUUUUCCGAAGGUGAUCGUUCUUGAUGAGUCUCCAGUCCAGGCAAGGACACCUCAAUCAUCGUCAUCCAAAGGUGUUGCAGAUGAUCCGAGAGAAGACGUCGAGGGGAAGAAGGGUGCAGUAGUGUCAGGAAGAGAGGUUCCAAUGCCUUCCUUUCAUGCUGGGCUGCCUCAAACAACAAAAUCAAAGGCGAGGCUGGAGAAGCGAGUGCGAGCAUUGCGAGCGAGCGAGUACAACGAAGAAUACGUAGGAUCCAAUGAGACGGGAGUUCUCACCGACGUAUCUUCAAUGGACUAUCCAAGAGCUCAACGAGGACCGUCGAUUCACAAUAAGUAGGAAGCUUUCAGAAAUUUGAUCUUCCUCGAUGUUUCCCAAAUGGAGAUGUAACGCGACGUUGUCGAGCUCUCUUACAUGCAUCAUACUCUUACAACGUUGUCAUGAAAUAUAUACAGAAUAGAAGAUGUACUACUCCAGAAA